UCUCCAGGGGUGGGGCUUGGCUGAGGCUGGGGAGCGGGCGGCCAGAGUUCGGGGCUCUAGAUCCGGGUCUAGCGUUUCGCUGCGAGGCGCACAAUUUUCUGUGGUCUCUGUUCCCACCCCUCCACGCAGGAUCCCCGGCCGCCGGAAGCAUGACCGUGAAGAAGAUCGCGAUCUUUGGAGCCACCGGCAGGACCGGGCUCGCCACUCUGGCUCAGGCUUUGCAAGCAGGUUAUGAAGUGACAGUGCUGGUGAGGGAUGCCUCCAAGCUACCCUCGGAUGGUCCCCAGCCAGCCCGGGUGGUGGUGGGUGAUGUCCUGACGUCAGCCAAUGUGGACGAGACCGUGGCAGGACAGGAUGCUGUCAUUGUAUUGUUGGGCACCGGCAGUGACCUGAGUCCCACCACCGUGAUGUCAGAGGGCACCCGGAACAUUGUGGCCGCCAUGAAGGCCCAUGGUGUGGACAAGGUCGUGGCCUGCACCUCGGCAUUCCUCCUGUGGGACCCAGCUCAGGUUCCUGCCCGGCUCCAAGCAGUGACCGAUGACCACAUCCGUAUGCAUAAACUCCUGCUGGAAUCGGGUCUGCACUAUGUGGCCGUGAUGCCCCCUCACAUUGCUGGGGACCAGCCACUGACGGGGGCCUACAGUGUGACUGUGGAUGGACGAGGUCCAUUCAGAGUGAUCUCCAAACAUGACCUGGGACACCUCAUGCUUCGAUGCCUCACCACAACGGAGUAUGACGGGCAUAGCAUCUACCCUUCCCAUCAGUAUACCUAGGAGAAUGUGGCAUCUGCCCCAUGUGCCCAGCCCCCACCCAGCUUGGUCCUGUCCUUGGGAAGCAAGGAUGGCCCAUUGCUGACUGGGGCUAUGAGAGGAAGGCGGCAAACAGAAUAAUAAAAGACAGUGUGGCACCAA